GCCCAUCUGCGUGAUCUUCAUCUGUAUCCGUUUAAUGCUUUUAGGUACUAGCCUGUUAUAUAAUAUGAUUUUUUUUAAAUUAAAAUGAUUCAUACAUAUCACUGUCCAAUAUUUACAGAUAAUAAUACGUUACAGAAUUGGUUUGGAUUAGUAAUAACUUGAAGCCUAUCACGCAAAACCAGUUGUAUGACAGCUGUGUUAUUAAGUCUUGAAUGACUUUUUAGCACUCUGUAGACUGAAUACCAUACUUGUAUUCUCAUGCUACUUAUUAUAAUUGCUUUCCAUCAUUCCAAAAAAGGAGGUAAUGAAUAUCGUGUGAUGGGUGAUUUUCUUCUAUCGUGGGAGGAAAUGGAUGAAUUACUCCGUGGCUUGGCGAUUGCUAAAGACAUCUUAUCGUGUCGUGAACUAUAGGGAAUGACGCUGAGUCAUAUAUUUCAAGAAAUGAAGCGUGACAAAGACGAGAGCGCAGUAAACACUUGAAUAAAAAGCAAUGAAGCAUAACGCGAAAGUGGCGUUGCCUCUACAAAACUUCAACUGCCUUUAGUUUUUCUUACGCAUCGCUCGCGUUUCAUAUAGUGUGGUCAUUCAUGCUAAAAAGCAGGAACCAAUCCAUAAAAUCUAUUAAAACCUUGAAAAUGUCAGACCGACACUUGGUACUUUAUUCACCAAUGAUUACUAGGUUGGUGCAUUCUUUUCGUUCUAUAGGAAUUCCAUCUUUACCUCAUAUUAAAAUGAUCAAGUGAGCCGCCCACUAAUUUAGCAGAUUUUGUUUUACGUCUUAUUUGCAGUCAAGUUUGUGUUAUAAUAUGAAACCGGUGCGGCGUCUGGCAACGUGCAUCCGACACGCAUCACGAGCCAAAAUCAUCCAGUGCGCCUUCGCUCCUCGCGGCAUUUGUACGCAUGGAGACACAACUCUCGCGAGAGCCGUAACAUAACAUGAAAACAACCAACCUAUUAGUGUUGUGACAAUCGUUUUGCUUCUCAAGUAAACUUUUCCGGCGACACUUGAAGCCCGAAGACAGAUGUCUGUACUGCGAGACUUGGGUAGCUGAGGGCCGGCGUGGCCUUAUGGAAGGACCGGCGCUACCUACACUGCUUCUUAUAGCGGUGCUUCAACUAGCCGUCACUAACUCAGCUCGGUUUGGUGACCGCCUCGCCCCUAGGAAGCCCGCGCCCUACUCUCCUCGAAAUUCAAAUCCAGGACAAACUUUUGCACAAAACGAAGAAGCCACUUACGAUCAAGACUUUGAUAAGCAAAUACUAGCUUUUGAAUAUGACGAGCCCAAACUGGAAACGGAAGCUCCCCAUCGACGUCCCGCUCGGACGGAAGCGCAUCGCUUGGAAAUGAGUACCGAAUACUUCGUGAUACCGGAAAAGAUGUCGACGUCAUCUUCAACUUCAGUUCCUCAACGCCCAAAAGUCAUUGCCACAGCGCGGCCGAACAACAUGACCAUGCCGGCCAUAAAGGUCGCAAAUUUGACGGCUUUAAGACUUGAACCGUGGGCUGUUCCCAUUUUAGCGUUAGCGAGCGUCAUCAUGAUAAUUAUUUGCGGCUUCGAGGCUUUCGUUAUUUGGGGGGCCAGUCGCAAAGCGCCGAGCCACAGACAUUUGCUCUUAGGACAGACGCUGCUCUUCGGGCUCUUUCUGUGCGCAGGCACCGCAGCCUUGUACGUCGCAUCGCCCACGACCUUCACUUGCGGGGCUGUACGUUUUGCGACCGGAGUGGCAUACGUGAUUGUGUUCGUGACAUUAUUAGUGAAAUGUGUAUUUCUGUUAAGUCUAAACGGCGGCGUAUACCUCCCCGCCGCUUAUCAAGGACUUUUGUUAUUUUUUGCCAUCAUGAUACAGGUCGCCAUAGGGGCGCAGUGGCUGGGCGGAUCGCCACCGCGAGUGGCGCCGAGUGGGAUGAGGUGUCAGACGGCGUUGUCUGAUCUGUUACUAUCUUUGUGUUACGCCGCAUUUCUAAUAGCCGUGGUGUGCGGGGUCGCACUUCGCUCGCGCGGCAUUCGGGACAACUAUCGCGAAGCCACGCACAUUGCAGCCGCGAGUGGCGCUACGGCUGCUGUGUGGGUGUGCUGGGUUGCGGCAGCUCUCGGGGCUCCCGACCAGCACAAAGACGCGUGCGUGGCGGCGGGAUUACUUGCUACGUGCGCCGUAGUGUUCGCUCUCAUGUUCGCUCCGAAAGGUCGCCGCUUGGCCGCCCUGGGCCGAGAGGGCCGCUGGGACGCCGACCGCGAAGAAGGCCUCAGCUCCCUGGGCGCAGGUGGUUCCGGUUAUUCGCCUUCGUUCUUUCACUUCAAGCCGGUUAAGUACGGCAUGGUUUCGGCGGCGGCGCCGGCGAUGGCUUCAUCGAUCUCGGAUCGCAAGGAGCCCCCAGCUCAGCAAGCCGAUCCGUUCGGCAUCUUCGUGGCCUCGCACCAUCACAGACGCACCGCGUGCGCCCCGCACUAUCCCAUGCACCUAUUAACGCACUAUAACUUCAAUAACUACCCGCCCUAUCACUACAUGUUACCACCAGGCGUGAUGAUGCGCGCAGAAGAGGCCAACGUGUACACGAGCGUGGAGCCGACCUUCAGCAGCAAUCCCAACGUGUUCUUCCAACGCACGGACCCUUUGCACGUCGGCAUGAUGUACUGAAUACUGAGCCCCGCGCAAUCACGCGUUCCCGCGGGAACACUGACAUUUGACGGAGAAAUUUAUGAAUGUUUGAUCUAUAGAUCGAUAGCAUUGUGUGACAUAAAGAAGCUGCUUCUUAAUCAAUUUCAGAAGUUAGUUUUAAUUUAUUGGUUAACAAUCUUUUAUACUUUAAAAUUCAUUUUUAAUAUGUGGUAGACAUAGUUUUUUCCUUUACUUACUUCUAAAAUACUACUUAAUGCUCAAAUAGGAUAAUAUAAAAUAAAUAUUUGUGAUGAUGUAUGGUACUUAGCCCACCCCGACUGAAAAAUUACAAUUUUGAAGUAAAUAAUUGUGCUUUUGUGAGUUUUGUAAAUAAA